GCAAAAUCCCAACACAGUAAAAUUUGUUCAUCCGAAGCAAACGAAACAAUUUCCCAUUAGAAAGAGUGGUUUCAAUUUCAGCAUCUUCUUCUUCUUCUUCUUCUUCUUCGUUCUAAUUUAUAAGAAUUUACACAUCUUCUUCAAUCUUCGGUUUGCGUCUGUGACCUACAUGCAUAUCUCACUCUCACCUCCUAACUGGCCUUCCCUUGCUAAUCUCACCUGCGUCUUCGUCACCUUCCAAUCGCAAAGGGACCCUUACCGUGAUCGCUUGCUCGGUCACCGUCACCGUUGGCGGUGUCAGCAGUUGGAGUCUAGGGUUUCGUAGCUUUUGCUGGAUAAAUGCGUGUCACCUUGGAUUUAGGGUUUUCGAGCUUGGUUCUCGUCACGGUGGUUUGUAUCGUCGUGACGACGAUCGGCUUCGUGGUUCGACGGAAAUUGCGGCGUGCGGCGGCGAGGGCGGAGGAGGUUAAGAGGCUUCUGGUUCUGGCGGCGGAGGAGUCUGCUAGGGCCGAGAGCGAAGCUUUGUACCUGUACGACACCGUUUCCGUCGCUAAGAACAAUCAAUGCGUCGUGUGCAACUGUCCUACCACUACGCGGUGCGCACGGUGCAAAGCGAUUCAUUACUGUUCUGGUAAGUGCCAAAUUGUUCAUUGGCGUCAAGGUCACAAAGAAGAAUGCCAUCCUCCCAGCCACAGGACUGAUGAUUUGGCAAGUGAUCUUGGCAAGAAGGUAGCAGAGCAAGACUACUGUGCAAGCCAUGAUGAGAAGUCUCAGAUUGAAAGCACAGAAUAUACAACAUCCUCAGAGAAACCCCCAUUAUCCAAUAUCAGCUUUUCUCCCAAAUUUUCAUGUGCAAAGGAUGAUAACAUAAGAGUUGAGUCUCUAGUAGAGGGAAAUAUUACAGACUCUAAUUCUGAAUUAUCUUGUAACUCAUUUUCUGGAUUCUCGGCUUCCACUAGUGCUAGUGAAUCAUCCGAUGAUUCCUCUGUCUGUGAGAGUAUCAUCUCAAAUGAGCAUGAGAGAUCCGACGGACAUAUUUUUGCUGAUGCCACCAAUGACAUUUCUGAUACCACUUCAAAUGGUAAUAUCACGGGUGCAACCAUUCCUUUGUCACCUAAGUUUGCUAGUUUGGCUGAUCCAGUAGAUGGUUUUUCUACAAUGCAUAAAUUAAAUAAAGUCAGAGCUGGUUUUGGUAAAGAAGAGAGUAAGCUCAGAUCAAAUGGUAGUUCCGGUUUGAGUAUGCAGAAGGGGGCAUCAAUAGAGCCUUCUACUAUGUCUUCUGGAUUCUGGAAUAGAAUUAUUGAUUCGAGGGGGAUAAAAGAUGACGCUGAUAGGGACCCUGUUCCAUCCCACUCUGAUGUUUCUCUUCCAAAGUCUAUUGAGAACAAUAUACCAUGUGCAUGGUCAGCAUCUUCCAAGAAUGAAGGUGUUGAUUAUUCAGGUUGUGCAGAUGCUUUGAGCAUCCAUAACUUGCAUACAGUUGGUUCUAAGGUAUCAAAUCUUGUUGUGAACAACAAUAGCAGCACCUUGAAGUCAGCUGAAAUUAGAUGUCAGCCACAUGCAUUUGCUGAUACUAAGUUAGUUUCUAGAACUGAAGGGCAUUUAGAUUGCAGUACAAAAUGUGGGAAUAAUGGCAUCCAAUCUGGCUUUUCUACUUCAUCUCAGGUUGCUAGCUGUUCCCCAAAUUCUAAGAAUGGCCUGAAAACAUCUGUUCUGAAAGUUGUUGAUCAGUUUAGAGGAUCAAAUUUGUCUAAACACUUCCCACUAGCUGUUAGGAGUGAUGUUGCUGGAAGAUACAGUGACAAGGGUCUUUUUCCAUAUGAUUUGUUUGUCAAGCUUUAUAACUGGAACAAAGUGGAAUUGCGACCAUUUGGUCUUGUAAAUUGUGGAAACAGCUGUUAUGCUAACGCUAUACUCCAGUGCUUAGCAGUUACUCCACCACUGUCUGCAUAUUUGCUUCAAGGGCUCCAUUCUAAAUCAUGUACUAAUAAAAAAUGGUGUUUCACCUGUGAGUUUGAAAGUUUGAUUUUGAAGUCAAAAGACACAAAAUCUCCCCUCUCACCUAUGGCCAUACUUUCUCAACUUAAGAAUAUUGGGAGUGAACUUAGGAAUGGAAGAGAAGAAGAUGCACAUGAAUUUCUAAGGCAUGCUGUUGAGACAAUGCAAUCUGUUUGCCUUAUGGAAUCUGGGGUUAAUGCAUCAGACUCUUUAAAAGAGGAAACUAGUUUAAUGGGUCUAACAUUUGGAGGCUACCUUCGAUCAAAGAUCAAAUGCAUGAAAUGCGGAGGGAAAUCUGAGUGCCAAGAAAGGAUGAUGGAUCUGACUGUUGAGGUAGAAGGGGAGAUUGCAACCCUGGAGGAGGCCCUUCGACGGUUUACAAGCACCGAGACUCUGGAUGGAGAAAACAAAUACCACUGUAUCAGGUGUAAAUCUUAUGAGAAGGCCAAGAAGAAAAUGACAGUUUCAGAGGCACCUAAUGUUCUUACAAUUGCAUUAAAGAGAUUUCAGUCUGGAAAAUUUGGGAAGCUCAAUAAACCUAUUCGGUUUCCUGAAAUACUUGACUUGGCACCUUUCAUGAGUGGGACUAGUGAUUUGCCUAUAUACAGGCUGUAUGGGGUAGUUGUUCACUUGGAUAUAAUGAAUGCUUCUUUUUCGGGUCACUAUGUGUGCUAUGUGAAGAAUUUCCAUAGCAGGUGGUUCAGGGUUGAUGACAGUGUGGUGACAGCUGUUGAAUUGGAAAGAGUCUUGACAGAAGGAGCCUACAUGCUUUUUUAUGCUAGGUGCUCACCUAGGGCCCCAAGAUCAAUCAGGAACAGGAUAGUAUCAUCAGAUUCAAAAAACAAAGUCAAUGGAAAAGCUGUUAUGAAAUCAAGAUAUGUAUCGGCUGCUACUGAAUGCAUGACUAGUUCGAUUUCUCCAGAUGGCUCACCUGCCUUAGAGAAGACUAUCUAUUCGAAGUUUCACCACCUGAGGAGGAUUUUGGAAGAAGACUCGUCAAGUGAUAAUUCAUCCCUUAUCAGCAGCAAUUCUGAUGAAGGUUCUUGCAGUACUGAUAGCACAUGUGAAUCAACUAGUACUGAUGACUUUGCAGAUUAUAUUUUUGGUGAUUUGGGACGUGGCUGGGAUGGCAAGCUGAGAAAUUCUGAUUCUGACACUUCCUCUGCAUUGCCAUCUUCUCUAUUGAACUCUAGACAUUUGUCCCGUUCUGAUAUGGAUCCAUAUGAUUCAGUUUUUCCACAUGCAACUGGGUUGCGACCACCUGAAACAGACGGUCUUUUGUACAGGAGCAGAUCGGUGGUUGUUGAAAGGAGUAGGGGAGGUGUUUCUCAUUUGCAUCCUGACACUAAAUAUCACAGUAAGUUAGAUACAAGUAGGAAUAGCAGUAGUUUUAGGGAGAAUGACUCUUUACAGAGAGCAGGAUCCAACCAUUUUAAUGAUAUAAACUCUGGUGUAUCUUGUAGAAAGUCAAGGGAAAGAACGGAUUGAAAAUUUUAUCUGAGUACCGUAUGAAGGAUGGGAGCCCCUGAGCAGUAAAUAAUAACUAGGGAUGCUCCACUUAAUGUAUUCCCGUAGGGUUCACCAAGAAAAUUAGUCAUCAUCCCUUUAGCAAUGAUAUAAUUAGAUGUAGAUAUGGAUUGCUGUAAUUUUUUUCUAUUAAAAAAAAUACCCAAUAAUUUGUUUUUUUAAAAAAAUU